AUGCACCGUGCUCAUCAGGAUGGAAGCCGAUCUUCUGACCACGAUGAGGGCGCAUCACGCUUUGCCGCCCUCGUGCGCUGCAGUGUGCAGGAGGCGCAGGAAUGGCUGUGUAAGAGCGCUGGUUCUAUUGAAGCAGCCCUGGAUAGUUAUCUUGCCCAAGAACGAUCUUCCAAGCGACACAAGACAAAUGCAGCUUCGCCUCGUCCAUGCAGCCCGAGUUUAAACUCGGCAUUUAGCCCAGUUGAGGUGGAUUUUGCCCCUCGUAAAUCCGCUACUGUGUGGAAGAGGCACUCCGAAACCUCCAGGAGAGCAAGUCCGGAUUUUUUCGGUCCGGGGGGCCAAGCGAAAGUCCAAGCAGGUCGAGAAACACCUUCUGGAAACACAGAGUUAUUGAUAGACCUGGUUGACGACUCAGGUGAAGAAGACGGAAAUCUGACGAGUGAAACUAAGGUGUGCGAUCCACGCAAAACAGCUGGCAAAUUUGGCUGCGCUGACGAAGUACCCCCCCCCGAACCUGCCAAGGGGCCACCCGCUCCUGCUGUCGAUGAUCUUCCAGACGACUUUUCGUUUUUUCUUGGUAAAUGCGUGGCAAGCGGCACCGUCACGAGCGGCACAAUGAGCAAAUUGAGCCUCACAGAUCCGUUGACACUGAUGGUAGAGGUACGGCUGCCUCAUACACAAAGAUGGGGGCCACAGCAAGGUUCCCGCAGGGCUAAAGUAUCUAACAGCGGAUACAGGAUCCUUUACAUACACCUCGACGACCCCGUCCUCCUAGAGCACCAACGACGCCUAGGGCAACCAAACCUCCGCUCUCGACGUCCUGAUGAAAGCCCACUUUUCUCGUGUGGCUCAUCGAACGCAGUAGGGGGUAAGAAAGCAGCGAAAGGUUCCAACCGCUGCAGCCCGCUGGCAGGAUUGGACUUCCACAACCUUCUUUCCAGCAUCUCUGAACAGACAACUUUCUUGCGUCUUCUCAUUGACGACCGGGAAGCUGUACGCUUUGACAGGGAGGUGGCUAGCGCCUUAGCCCCUCUGCUCCUUUUGGGGGCCAUUAAGGUCGACGUCUGCUGGCUUCCAGAUAAAAUGCCGCCUCGCCGUCUCGCGAUUAACAGUACUCUUUCCGUCCGCAUGACUGUGCAUAUGACCAUACAGGCGCUUCGCUUGAGCGCGCUUCGGCAAAGAGGAGAUCCAUAUUUGAGUCAAGUUCACUUUCCUCUUCUGAUCGGACAGGCGUUUGAGUCACUUCUGCACCUUCUGGCCUUGCAGCCAGUCCCUGCCGGUUCUUUACUGCCAGAGGAGGAAAGGGACGCCAAUGUAUUGGGGCCGGAUGAAGAGGCCGAAGUCCGCAAGUCCCUGGAUAGCCUUAGUCGACCUAAGGGGCCCUCUGGGUCAUCGCUAACCGGAAAAGAAGACACAAGGGGAGCAUCAGAACGUUCUCUCCAGGGAGCAUCUCGUGCCUUCAACAGGGAGGAAGAAAGAGGGGAAGUUAGUGAAGGCACCGAUGUCUUUGAUGAAGAUGAAGAAUAUGCGGAAAGGAGCGACGCUCUCUGCCAACUGGUAUUGAAAGACCGUGCUGAAUCAGCCAACCUGCAGCGAGAACAGCAACGUCGGCGCCGACUGGGCAGUCUAUACCCUCCAGCUAGUAUGUUUGCCUCCCGCCUUCGUCCAUAUCAGGCUCAGGGUCUCUGGUGGAUGCUUCAAUGUGAAUCGGAACAGAGCCUGCGCCUGGAAGAUGAAGAUGAAGAGCUUGAUCCGCUCUGGGCAAAGUACGAUCUUCCUUCUGCUGCAGCUGCUUAUGGUACGAUGCAUGGCCCGACACUGGUCCCGGCACCCUCCUCAGAUUGCAAGCGUGCCAGGACGUUCGUUCCCAGGUGUUUCUACCUAAAUACGAGUUCAGGGCUCGUUUCACUGGAGAAGCCAAGCACAACGGGCCGAGUGAGAGGCGGCAUUUUAGCAGACUGCAUGGGCUUGGGGAAGACUGUGCAAGUCCUUGCCCUCAUUGCUGUCAGCGAAUAUCAAGAGAGGGAUCCUGCGGGUGCUGCUAUAUGGCUGGCAGCGUCAGUGGGGGGCUGUGCACACGACACGGGAGCAGCCUCACGGACCUCAAGUGCAGCAAAGCCCGUGAGCAGCCCAGACGAACUGACAGGAGCAGCUGCUAGGCAGUGGGAUGCUUUCGCGUCGUCGCAGCUGUCUGCAUCUCCAAUAUCUGUAAGCUCCGACGGCGACGGUGCAGACCUGAACCGUGGCCGUGGGCAACCUAUUCCUUCAGGGGGGAGGAAUAGUCUGUUGGCUGUCGAUCCCCACACUUUACAACGCACUCUGAAACGCGGUAGAGACAAUCUUCUGCAAGGGGGAACUCUCAUUGUCGUGCCACUUUCGCUCAUAGGGCAAUGGUACGCAGAGGUGCAGAGGCACUUAGCACGCGGGGUGGCGACGGUCUUGCAGUAUUACGGCCCUGCUCGCCCAAGAGACCCCAAAGUGCUCGCUGCAUACACCAUUGUGCUCACCAGCUACCAAACACUUGCAUCCGACUUCCGUCAUCUAUCAAAGCACAUACAGGCAGAGAAAGGUACCUUGCACUGUGAACCGCAUUCGGCCCACACACUGGAGCUAGGAUGCGUCCCCGAAAGCCCUAUUGCUAGCAUUCGUUUUCGGAGGGUUAUACUGGACGAAGGCCACAUUAUCAAGAAUACCUCGUCACUCGUUAACCGUGCGUGCAAUUCUGUGGAGGCUGACUCACGUUGGGUACUGACGGGAACGCCUUUGCAAAAUGAUCUCUCGGACGCAUUUGCCCUUGUCCAAUUCCUUCGUGUCUCUCCUAUGGGUAGUCGGAGGUGGUGGAGGGCAAAAGUCACUCAAGCCAUGGAACGAGGGAUGGUGCGGGCGGCAGUCGAGACAGUGCGGAGCAUAUUAGUUCCGUUGAUGCUGCGACGGCACGGGGAUCAAAUAGGAGAGGAUGGAAAACCACUUUUGCCGCUUCCGCCGCUCACAAUCCACACCUUCACGUUACAGCUUACGUAUGAGGAACGUCUUUUCUAUCAGACCAUUUUUGAGCAUAGCAAGGCCAAAUUUGACCAGCUUGUUCAAAGUGGCCAAGUGCUGCAGCAUUACACACACGUCCUUCAACUCCUCCUAAGGCUGCGCCAAGCGUGCAAUCAUCCCCUGCUUCCGUCGCACCGUGAACAGCAACGCCGUCAACAGUUCAUCGAUUUGAUAUGCCCCGCUCAGGAUCCUUUGAAAUGUCGAAGCCGCGAUGCUCUCGGGGGACUGACGAGUCCAUCUCCGCCUCCACGUCCGGCGCCUGACCCAAUUUUACAAAAAUACAUCCAGGAUGCUGUGGAGGGUAAGCUUGAAGAUUGUCCGAUUUGUCUCGAGCCGCCAACCGACGCAGUCGUGCUAACAAACUGCUGGCAUGUGCUUUGCGUCACCUGCGUGUUGCUGCUGCAAAGCAAUAGCAACGGCGCAGCAGCGGCUUGCCCAACAUGCAGAAGUAAGUUCCUUCAUCAGCACGUCCGGCUGCUUCCGAGCGGUCCGAAGGCAUCUGCCCAGCGAUGGAUUCAAGUCGUGCAGAAGAAACACCGUGAGGCGCUCGCAGCUGCGGACGAGGCAGGAUCAAAAGAUGGCAAGCAGACCGGGGCGCAACAGGCACCAUCAGGAGAGAGAGAGUGCUUCUCUUCAGUUUUGAAUGCGGCAUGUCCAACGGAGGAUAGCUCUACGGAUUUACACAUUUCCGCUGCAAAGUAUGAGGGAGCUCUUCUUGCAAUAUCUGACGACACUUUUUUUUUCAGCACAAAAAUGCGACUACUUCUUGCGCUUUUGGAAGCAGACGUUACUGCGGGAAGGUCCUGCGUCAUCUUCUCGCAGUGGACAUCAAUGCUGGACCUCUUGGAGAUGGCAUUUGCACGCGUCGAAGCGGUUCGCAGCGCUGUGCAACCCCGUGUCUCAGGUGCCAGAAAUGAUGAUAAUGAUGAUGAUGAUGAUGUUGUUGAGAUGGGAGCCACUUCUGCUGAAAGGGAUACACCUCACUUUCCAACUGGCAAGCUUAACAAUGAGGUUAGGAGAGGGGAAUACCUCCUCUCAGCCCAGCAGGAAGCGCCGACUAAGCGGCUGUACAACUACCGUCGGAUUGAUGGAACACUAGGCCUAGAGGCCCGACAACGCACAAUUCAGUGGUUCUCAGACGAUAACUUGCGUUCCAUGUCACCUAAAGUAGGUUCGUGCACCUCAAGAGCAACUGAGGCGGAAGUAGAGCCGUUUAUGGGGCAGUUUAAUCUGCAGCCUUUCGCUUGCGCGAGCGAUCCGACUGGGGAUUGGCAUAGGGAAGGUGGUCCACCAUUAAAGCAGUUCGGCGCAACAAAGUCAACCAUGGGGAAUAAAGGCGGCGAGGACCGUCUUUCUUCUCAACAUGGAAAGAUACUCUUAUUGUCCUUAAAGACGGGGAAUGUGGGGCUUAACCUUGUUAAAGCAACACGCUGUUACCUCAUUGACGGUUGGUGGAAUCCUCAGGUCGAGAAGCAGGCGAUGAGGCGCCUUUGGCGGUACGGACAGGAUCAACCCGUUUCUGUCUAUCGCUUUGUGUGCGCUCGAACGGUUGAAGAGCGGAUGGAGGAGCUGAUGGAGUGGAAAGGCCGUCUUUCGCGAACCACUCUUCGCUCCGCGGAUGGCUUUGAGCAGGAGAGACCAGCGGACCCGGAGGCAGGCGACGCUGACAAGAGAAGAGGACGCCUGUCUCUGCAGGACCUUAAAAAGCUGUUUGAAGGAUGGGAAGCUGGCUCAGUUCCCACAUAG